CGCUAUCUCUGGAUUCUUACUUGUACUCCUUUGAAGUAAUAUUUGUUUCGGUACAACAACGGCUUGUAUCUCAGUCUCCUAUUGCCAUGGCAUCUCGUAUUAUUGACGUGAUUAAGUCCGACCACCGUGAAAUUGAGGACUACUAUAAUAAGAUCCUCAACUCUACUACCGACAAGGAGAAGAUCCAAUGGCAAAACCAGUUUACCUGGGAACUGGCACGCCACUCGCUCGGCGAGGAGCUGGUUGUGUACCCCCAAUUCGAGAAGAAACUUCCUGGUGGCCUUGAUAUGGCAGACAAGGAUCGAAAAGAGCACCAAUCAGUCAAGGAACAGCUGAAGAAAUUUCAGAACAUGAAACCUUCGGACCCUGAGUUCGAGCCUACAGUCAAAGCCCUGAUGCAAGAUCUAUCGGAGCACAUUGAGGAAGAGGAGAGCCAGGAUCUUCCAAAACUGGAAGACGCCCUGACGACUGAGGAGAGCGAAAAACUGGCCAAGUCCUUCGGUAGGACCAAGAUGUUUGUGCCGUCGCGCGCCCACCCUUCUGCUCCUGACAAGCCUCCUUUCGAAACCGCGAUUGGACUGAUGACUGCCCCGAUCGAUCAUCUGGCUGAUCUGUUCCGAAAAUGGCCACAUACUUCUGGUAUGCCGAAUCCGUCCACUAAAUAA